CAACCCUUCCGGACAGAGAGCGAGAGAGCGCCGCAGGUUCACAUCCCCUCUAGAGAGAAGCGCUCAGCUAUCGCCCAGCGCUCCGCGAGCCACGGUCUCAUCCCGUUCUGUCCCGUGUGCCUGGAGCUUUAACUCCGUGGUGUUGUUCACACCUCUCUCCGCCAGCCCACGCGAAUAACGGGUGACCCUUCCUGCUCUCCGUGGCGAUGUUGACUGACAGAUGAUUUGACAGAGGAAGACAGCAGCGAAAGUCUCUGUGGUUAUUAUGGGCUGUGCCCACUGUAAGCAGAAGAAUGCUGCAGCCAAGGCAGCCGAGGUAUCUGACCCGUCUCCUAGCAACAGCCCUGAUGGGGGUGUGUCUACAGUGUUGGCCACGCCCCAUUAUCACCCUGACCCCACCCACCAGACUAUACCUGACUUCAACAGGCCAUUUGGCUCUGCCUGUUUCCCCAACACCAACACACAACCCCGGGCAGGGGCCAUCACAGGCGGAGGUGUGACUCUCUUCAUAGCGUUGUAUGACUAUGAUGCUCGUACUGAAGAUGAUCUGUCCUUCCAGAAGGGAGAGAAGUUCCACGUCAUCAACAACACAGAGGGGGACUGGUGGGAGGCCCGGUCGUUGGACACGGGGAACUCAGGAUACGUCCCUAGUAACUACGUCGCUCCUGUUGACUCUAUACAGGCUGAGGAGUGGUAUUUUGGGAAGAUGGGGAGGAAGGAUGCGGAGAGACAGCUCCUGGGUCAGGGGAACCCCCGAGGAACAUUCCUUAUCAGAGAGAGUGAGACCACCAAGGGUGCCUACUCUCUGUCUGUCUGUGACUGGGAUGAUGGUAAAGGUGACCACGUCAAGCAUUAUAAGAUCAGGAAGCUGGACAGUGGAGGAUAUUACAUCACAACACGCACACAGUUUGACUCUGUGCAACAACUGGUGGAGCACUACAAAGAGCGAGCUGCAGGUCUGUGCUGUAGGUUGAUUGGCAGCUGUAGGCGGGGCAUGCCUAAGCUUGCGGACCUAUCGGUAAAGACAAAGGACGUGUGGGAGAUUCCCAGAGAGUCUCUCCAGCUCAUUAAGAAGCUGGGCAACGGGCAGUUUGGAGAAGUCUGGAUGGGUAUGUGGAACGGCACCACCAAGGUAGCAGUGAAGACGUUGAAGCCAGGCACCAUGUCUCCAGAGGCCUUCCUAGAAGAGGCUCAGAUCAUGAAGAGACUAAGACAUGACAAACUGGUGCAGCUGUACGCUGUGGUGUCUGAGGAACCCAUCUACAUCAUCACAGAGUUCAUGAGCCAAGGAAGCCUACUGGACUUUCUAAAGGACGGGGAAGGAGGAAAUCUGAAGUUGCCUCAACUGGUGGAUAUGGCAGCACAGAUAGCGGCGGGCAUGGCGUAUAUAGAGCGAAUGAACUACAUCCAUCGUGAUCUGCGAGCGGCUAACAUUCUGGUCAGUGAAAAUCUGGUGUGCAAGAUCGCUGACUUUGGUCUGGCCAGACUCAUAGAGGACAACGAGUACACUGCCAGACAAGGUGCCAAGUUCCCCAUCAAGUGGACAGCUCCUGAAGCAGCUCUAUACGGGCGCUUCACCAUCAAGUCUGACGUGUGGAGCUUUGGUAUCCUGCUGACUGAGCUCAUCACAAAGGGACGCGUACCUUACCCAGGUAUGAAUAACCGUGAGGUCCUGGAGCAGGUGGAGAGGGGCUACAGGAUGCCCUGUGCGCUGGGUUGUCCUGCCUCCCUCCAUGAGCUGAUGGUGCAGUGCUGGAGGAGAGAGGCGGACGAGAGACACACCUUUGAAUACCUGCAGGGCUUCCUGGAAGACUACUUCACUGCUACGGAACCCCAGUACCAGCCUGGGGAGAACCUGUGACCACACACACACACAUGCACACUCACACCCACACACACACACAUGCACACACACACACACACACACACACGC